AAAGCGUUCCCUCCAUUCCCUUGUAAGGAGGCCGAUAUUUUGGGGUUGGCGGAGCUCCCUGCGAAGAUAUAGAGACUGCACACUCGCUCGGAGUGUUCACUCGCUAUUCAACUCUAAGCUGAGAAGGAGCUCGCGGUCUACAGGUACUAACUAAGCGAAGGAUAUCAACAUGUGUGACGACGACGUAGCCGCGCUUGUAGUCGACAAUGGCUCCGGUAUGUGCAAGGCCGGCUUCGCUGGGGAUGACGCUCCCCGAGCGGUGUUCCCCUCCAUCGUCGGCCGACCCCGUCACCAGGGUGUGAUGGUGGGUAUGGGUCAGAAGGACAGCUAUGUAGGAGAUGAGGCCCAGUCCAAGAGAGGUAUCCUCACUCUCAAAUACCCCAUCGAGCACGGCAUCAUCACCAACUGGGACGAUAUGGAGAAGAUCUGGCAUCAUACCUUCUACAAUGAAUUGCGAGUCGCACCCGAGGAACACCCCAUCCUGCUGACUGAGGCUCCCCUCAACCCCAAGGCCAACAGGGAGAAGAUGACUCAGAUCAUGUUUGAGACCUUCAACACCCCUGCCAUGUACGUCGCUAUCCAGGCCGUGCUCUCCCUGUACGCUUCCGGUCGUACCACCGGUAUCGUUCUGGACUCUGGUGAUGGUGUCUCCCACACAGUCCCCAUCUAUGAAGGUUAUGCUCUUCCCCACGCCAUCCUCCGUCUGGACUUGGCUGGCCGAGACUUGACCGACUACCUCAUGAAGAUCCUCACUGAGCGUGGUUACUCCUUCACAACCACUGCUGAGCGAGAAAUCGUUCGUGACAUCAAGGAGAAGCUGUGCUACGUCGCCCUGGACUUCGAGCAGGAAAUGGCCACCGCCGCUGCCUCCACCUCCCUGGAGAAGUCCUACGAGUUGCCUGAUGGACAGGUCAUCACCAUCGGUAACGAGAGGUUCCGUUGCCCUGAGGCCCUCUUCCAACCUUCCUUCCUGGGUAUGGAAUCUUGCGGUAUCCACGAGACCGUAUACAACUCCAUCAUGAAGUGCGACGUCGACAUCCGUAAGGACCUGUACGCCAACACUGUCCUGUCCGGAGGCACCACCAUGUACCCCGGUAUUGCUGACAGGAUGCAGAAGGAAAUCACCGCCCUCGCUCCCUCAACCAUCAAGAUCAAGAUCAUCGCUCCCCCUGAGAGGAAGUACUCCGUAUGGAUCGGUGGGUCCAUCCUGGCCUCUCUGUCCACCUUCCAACAGAUGUGGAUCUCCAAGCAGGAGUAUGACGAAUCCGGCCCUGGCAUUGUCCACAGGAAAUGCUUCUAAGUCAUUCGUCCAACAACACCACCGAAACAUCAUGUACAAAACGAUAACAUCUUUACUGGCAAGAUUCUUACUAUCGUUAUUUUUUCUGUGAAAAGGACUGCUUGUGCGAGUAAACACGGAUGUAUAUACAUAUGAGUUUGUUUCUCUACUGUUUAUAUUACGACCAUUUGUAAACGUAUAUUUUAAUAAAUUUAAAUCUUGCUUGACAAGCUUUCGUUUUUA